GGGUCGUAGACUCAAAGGGUCGGGAAAUCUAAUUUGUUUCUAAUCUUACUAUUCUGAUUUUACUGUUUUAGUCUUCGUCUUGUGAGGACUUGGGGGGAAAUAUUCAGUGCGGUAUUAUUACUAUUAUUACUAUUAUUAUUAUUAUUUUUAUUAUUUUUAUCAUUUUUAUUAUCAUUAUCAUCACCAUCACCCUCAUCAUCAUCGUUACCGUUUCUCCUCACACAAUAAAAUACACACAUGCCGAUUCUAUACUAAAACUAACGUGCGGGAAAACUGGGUACGUACUUUUGGGGCAGAAUCAAGCUUUUGAUUGAGGAAUUGCAUAGACAGAGGAAGUGAGGUAGGAAGGCGUUGUCUGGAGCAAACGAAAUCAGUGGAUUAUUAUCUGAUAUUUAUCCUAGCAUCCUUCUCAUACUGUCUUUAAUUUUUUUGGAUGGAUCUUUGAUGAUUUGUUGAUUGGGCUUUUGGGAUUUUCUGCACUGUGCGGUUCGUUCGAUUAUUGCUGUUGUCGUCUACUGUCUCUCACUCACUCUCACACAUUUCAUAUACAUCUAUCGAUCGAUCUGGACAGGAUUUGUGAAAGUGUACAAAGAGGGAGCGCAGUCACCAAACCAAUUCCUCAUCUCGUCUCAUCUCGUCUCAGUCACCAUCGAUCAAUAACCUCGCCCACCUCAUCUCACCUCACCACCCCAUCUCACAAUGGGGUUUCUCCCCAAUCGAAAACGUCAAGAAGCAAUCCCAGCCCAACAAGCAGGAACCAUCGCCCCCGAGGGUCGCACCACAGAUAAGAGUUCCGAUCGAACUUUAACUCCCGGGGAUAAUUCACAUCAUGUCUCGACUGCUGGCGUGGACAUCAAGAGAGCUACCAAGGCUCGGAAGAGAGCGAUUUAUGUCACCAGUUUCUUGUAUUUCGUCGCGAUUAUAUUUUUGAUUCUUACAAUAAUUGGCAAUAUAAACAACCGUGCCGUCAUCCGCGAUACCUGGUUCUUCCGGCUCGACCUUACAAACAUCAUUCCCGAAUCCGUCGGCGGUGGCAUCACCCUGCAAAACUCUCUAGCCCGUUCCCUGGGCCUCCACGAUUUCUACCAAGUCGGCCUCUGGAAUUUCUGCGAAGGUUACAACGACGAAGGCAUCACCGCUUGCUCCACCCCCCGAAACCUCUACUGGUUCAACCCCGUCGAUAUCCUCCUCAAUGAACUUCUCGCCGGCGCAACCAUUGCUCUCCCCGCCGAAAUAAACAACAUCCUCAGUCUCAUCCGUAUCGCAAGUCACAUCAUGUUCGGCUUCUUCAUCACCGGCAUCGUCAUGUGUUUCUGCAACAUCUUUCUCUCCUUCUUCACCAUCUACUCCCGCUGGAUUUCCGGCUUCUACGCCAUCUGGACUUUUAUCACGGCGCUUCUCACUACCACGGCGGCAAUCAUCGCCACGGUUAUGUUUAUCAUUUUCCGGAAUGUGGUGACGAGUCAGGCGGGCUUGAAUAUUGGCGCUAGUAUCGGCACUCAGAUGUUUGCGUUUAUGUGGGUAGGUGCUUCAUGUGCGAUUAUCGCGUGGGUGAUUCACGUGGGUAUGUGUUGUUGUGGGGCGAGCAGGAGGGAUGUAAAGAGUGGGAGGAGGAUGGGGAGUCGGAAGGCUUAUUCGAGUGGAGUGAUGCCGAUGGGGAUGGAGGAGAAGAGGGGUGGAAAGAAGAGGACGAUUCCGGGAUUUGGAAGGAGGAAGACGGCGGGGGAGGUGGUUUAGUUUAGUUUAGGUUGGUUUAGUGUGUUAUCCCUGGGUGUGGGAAGGAAGGGAGACGUUCCUUUUUUUCUUUUCUCUUUUCUUUUUUCUUCUCUUCUGGGAUUAAAAAUGACUACUAUUGGAAUAUUAUAGAGGCAGAGGGAAAGUCGAAGAACAUAUACAUAUGCAUAUGCAUUGCAUCGAUGAACCUCAACAUCAACAUCAAACCCAAAGCAUAAAAUAAGAAAAAUGCCUCGGGAGUAUAUACAUAUACAUAUACACAAAGUCAUAUAGUUAUGACAUCAGGAUAUCGGGAUAUCGGGACAAGGCGUUAGUAGAUAGAAUAUCGGCGACUGGAUAGGUA